GCGCGUCAGACCCGUCCAGUACCCGGCCCACCACACGAGCGACCCAACCAACCGGCGCCAAGCUCUCUCCGACCCCUCCGUGUCCAUCGUCUUCCUCCCCGCCUCGCUACACAAACCCUAGCUAGCCCGUCGCUACCUCCACCUUGCCCGCCGUCCAUGUCGAAGCGACCGAGGCUCGAGGGCUUCAGCAUCCCGCGCCCCACCUCAUACAGCUUCGAACGCUCCCAACCCGCGCCGCGCCUCUACGUCCCCGCCGAUGACGACCUCGACGACAUCGCCUUCUCUGACGACGCAGCCGCACCCUCGGACGCCGGGGAGGGUGGCAAGGCGGAGGACGACGAGAUCGACCCGCUCGACGCGUUCAUGGCAGAGAUCCAGGAGGAGAUCCGCGCGCCGCCCCCGCCGCCCAAGCCCAAGGCACUCCGCCCCGCGGAUUCCGAUGAGGACGACGACCCCAUGGAGAGCUUCCUGCGGGCCAAGAAGGAUGCCGGGCUCACGCUUGCCGCCGACGUCAUGAACGCCGGGUAUAACUCCGACGAGGAGGUGUACGCUGCCGCGAAGGCCGUCGACGCCGGCAUGAUGGAGUACGACUCCGACGACAACCCCAUAGUAUUGGACAAGAGGAAGAUAGAGCCCAUACCACCGCUGGACCAUUCGACCAUCGAGUAUGAGCCCUUCACCAAGGACUUCUACGAGGAGAAGCCGUCAGUUUCAGGGAUGAGCGUGGAAGAGGUGGCUGAUUAUAUGAAAAGUUUGGCAAUCCGGGUUUCAGGCUUUGAUGUGCCAAGGCCAGUUAAAAACUUUGAGGAUUGUGGGUUUCCUGUUCCAUUGAUGAAUGCUAUUGCCAAGCAGGGUUAUGAAAAGCCGACAACAAUUCAGUGCCAGGCUUUACCUAUUGUCCUUUCAGGUAGAGAUAUCAUUGGUAUUGCGAAAACUGGUUCAGGCAAGACCGCAGCAUUUGUACUCCCUAUGAUUGUUCACAUUAUGGAUCAGCCUGAGCUUCAGAAGGAAGAAGGUCCAAUAGGAGUCAUAUGUGCUCCAACAAGAGAAUUGGCACAUCAGAUAUAUCUCGAAGCUAAGAAGUUUGCAAAGCCUUACAAUCUUCAAGUUGCUGCUGUUUAUGGUGGUGUUUCCAAAUUUGAACAGUUUAAAGAACUGAAAUCAGGCUGUGAAAUAGUCGUUGCUACCCCAGGGAGACUGAUAGACUUGCUUAAGAUGAAGGCACUGAAGAUGUUUAGGGCAACUUAUCUGGUUCUUGAUGAAGCUGAUCGCAUGUUUGAUCUUGGGUUCGAGCCUCAGAUACGAUCCAUUGUUGGUCAAAUUAGACCAGACCGACAAACCUUGCUUUUUUCUGCAACAAUGCCAUGCAAAGUGGAACGAUUGGCUAGAGAAAUUUUGACUGACCCUAUUCGAGUCACAGUUGGUCAAGUUGGUAGUGCUAAUGAAGACAUUAAACAAGUUGUGAAUGUACUCCCUUCUGAUGCUGAGAAAAUGCCAUGGCUUCUUGAGAAAAUGCCUGGUAUGAUUGAUGAUGGAGAUGUGCUUGUAUUUGCAACUAAGAAGGCUCGAGUCGAUGAGGUUGAGAACCAGUUGAAUCAGCAUGGAUUCAAAGUUGCAGCACUUCAUGGUGACAAGGAUCAAGCAUCUCGGAUGGAGACACUGCAGAAGUUCAAGUCUGGGAUUUACCAUGUUCUUGUUGCAACUGAUGUUGCUGCACGUGGUCUGGACAUAAAGUCAAUUAAAACAGUUGUCAACUUUGAUAUUGCAAAAGAAAUGGAUAUGCAUAUUCACCGCAUUGGAAGAACUGGCCGGGCCGGUGAUAAAGAUGGCACCGCAUAUACUCUUAUUACACAGAAAGAAUCACGAUUUGCAGGCGAAUUGGUUCAUAGUUUAAUUGCUGCUGGUCAAGAUGUACCCAACGAACUUAUGGACCUGGCAAUGAAGGAUGGCAGGUUCAGAGCUAACCGUGACUCCAGAAAAGGUGGGAAGAAAGGUGGCAAAGGAAAGGGUGGUGGAGGUGGUGGUGGUGGCGGCGGGGGUGGCGGUGCGCGUGGGCGUGGGCGUGGCAUACGUGGAGUUGAUUUUGGCCUUGGCAUUGGCUAUGGUUCUGAAUCAGGGCCACAAGUACCUGCUCCAAGAUCUGCCACUGUAAACGUGUUGAAGACAGGGAUGAUGCAAAAUUUUAAGAGUAGCUUUGUCUCGGCGUCUUCGAGUGCGCCAAGCAACAGUGCACCUUCGAGGGGUGCACCUUCUUUUGUAAAACCCACACUUCGUGGUUUUGUUUCCGGUGGUACCAUAGGAGGGGAUUCAGGUGCAGCAAGGCCAGCACCACCGGCGCCCUCAUUUGUUCCUGCGUCCAGGCCAGCAGGAAACACUAACGAUGCAGCAAGGCCAGCACCACCGGCGCCCUCAUUUGUUCCUGCGUCCAGGCCAGCAGGAAACACUAACGAAAACGGGAACACAAACCCUGAAAGCUCGAAGGAUCAACGGAGGGAGAGAAAGCGGCCAUCUGGGUGGGAUCGCUAGUAGGCUUUUGAACUCCAAAUGUACCAAAAUUGCCUCCAGUUUUGUUAUGUUACCUUCACGGAACAUAUUGUUGUAGAUUGUAGAUUACAUGGUGUGAAUGAUAAAAUUGCUGUUCCUACACCCAACUGAAUUGUCUAUUCUUUACGAUCGUCGUAUCAAAAUGUGGAGAUCACUAUCGAGUAUGGUAAA